GCCGCCAUUAAUUCAAUUCAAAAGGAGUCCACGAGGAGAUCGAGCGAGCCGAGCCAUGGCGGUCGGCGGCGAUCACGGCGGCGGGGCGAGGCGGCGGGGGUGCGGCGGGUGCAGCAAGGGGGACUUCUUCCCGGAGGAGUCGUUCUCGAGCUGGGAGGCGUACGCGCGGGCGCUGCGGAGCACGGGCCCGCGGCUGGCCGACCGGCUGACGGCGAGGUCGCUGGACGCGACGGAGCUGCACCAGGUGCGGGCGCGCAGCGGCGCCGACAUGAAGCGGGACCUCAACUGGUGGGACCUCGCCUGGUUCGGCAUCGGCGCCGUCAUCGGCGCCGGCAUCUUCGUGCUCACCGGGCAGGAGGCCAAGAACGCCGUCGGCCCCGCCGUCGUCCUCUCCUACGUCGUCUCCGGCGUCUCCGCCAUGCUCUCCGUCUUCUGCUACACCGAGUUCGCCGUCGAGAUCCCCGUCGCAGGCGGGUCGUUCGCGUACCUCCGGGUGGAGCUGGGCGACUUCAUGGCGUUCGUGGCGGCGGGCAACAUCCUCCUGGAGUACUGCAUCAGCGGCGCGGCGGUGGCGCGGGCGUGGACGUCCUACUUCGCCACGCUGCUCAACCGCCACCCCAACGACUUCCGCAUCCACGCCGCCUCCCUCUCCGCCGACUACUCCCGCCUCGACCCCAUCGCCGUCGUCGUCAUCGCGCUCGUCUGCGCCUUCGCCGUCCUCAGCACCAAGGGCUCCUCCCGCUUCAACUACGUCCUCUCCAUCGUCCACGUCGCCGUCAUCCUCUUCAUCAUCGUCGCCGGCCUCACCAAGGCCGACGCCGCCAACAUGCGCGACUUCAUGCCCUACGGGCCCCGCGGCGUCUUCGCCGCCUCCGCCGUCCUCUUCUUCGCCUACGUCGGCUUCGACGCCGUCAGCACCAUGGCCGAGGAGACCAGGAACCCCGCCCGCGACAUCCCCAUCGGCCUCGUCGGCGCCAUGACGCUCACCACCGCGCUCUACUGCGUCCUCGCCGUCACGCUCUGCCUCAUGCAGCCGUACGGCUCCAUCGACCCCGACGCGCCCUUCUCCGUCGCCUUCGCCGACCGCGGCAUGGACUGGGCCAAGUACAUCGUCGCCUUCGGCGCGCUCAAGGGGAUGACCACCGUGCUGCUCGUCAGCGCCGUCGGCCAGGCGCGCUACCUCACCCACAUCGCCCGCACGCACAUGAUGCCGCCGUGGCUGGCCAAGGUGCACCCCAGGACGGGCACGCCGGUGAACGCCACCGUCGUGAUGCUCGUCGCCACCGCCAUCGUCGCCUUCUUCACCGACCUCAACAUCCUCUCCAACCUCCUCUCCAUCUCCACGCUCUUCAUCUUCAUGCUCGUCGCCGUGGCGCUCCUCGUCCGCCGCUACUACGUCUCGGGGGAGACCACCGCGGCCGACCGGAACAAGCUCGCGGCGUGCAUCGCCGCCAUCCUGGCGACGUCGGUGGCGACGGCCACGUACUGGGGCCUGAACCGGGGCGGGUGGGUGCCGUACGCGGUGACGGUGCCGGCGUGGCUGGCGGCGACGGCGUGCCUGUGGGCGUUCGUGCCGCAGGCGAGGGCGCCGAAGCUGUGGGGGGUGCCGCUGGUGCCGUGGCUGCCGUCGGCGUCCAUCGCCAUCAACAUCUUCCUGCUGGGCUCCAUCGACUCCAAGUCGUUCAUGCGGUUCGGGAUAUGGACGGCGGCGCUGCUCGUGUACUACCUCUUCGUCGGCCUGCACGCGUCCUACGACACGGCCAAGGCGCUCGCCGCGGAGGCCAGCGCCGGCGAGGUGGAGGACGGCGACGCCAAGCCGACCGCGACGCCCAUGUAAUGUAGCCGGCCGUACGUCGUAGGUGGAUGCAUUUACAUGGUGGAGCUCACCACGCACAGCACAAGGGUGUGGGGUGUGAUUGAAUCCUGAUGUGGUACUGAUACCAGUGUUACUCGAAAAAGAUUGUGCAAACAAGUUCAGCGUAUGGUGCA